UUCAUGCUAGAUAGAUAUACAAAUAGUAUCAGUUUCUUCUAUAAGUUUACGCAUAUAUAUAGUCAUACUUAUACUAGUGCUACAGAGAUACUAAUACAAUUUCAAUAAUACGUUACUCACUCGACCUCUUUUAACUCACUCUCUCUAGUCUCUGCCCUUCCAAAAAAAUGAUUCUAGGAUAAGAAUAUUUCUCUUUCUCUCUAGGUUUCUUUCUCUGCCACUAUUUGGAUUUAGUACUAGUACCUGCUAAUCCCCAUCACCCUUAUUUAUAUUUUACCUAUCUCUCAUCUUCUCUUAUAUUCAUUUCUCUCAAUAUCUGCUUCUUCUACAACAUAAACAACUUCAUUCUUCUUGUGGUUCAAUCUUUAUUAUCAAAUAGCUAAGCAAAGAUGUAUAGGUGCACUGGUUCUCACUGUAAUCAAGUAGGUUUAUGUUCUUGUAGCUUGUUUCAUUCUUCCGCAAACAAUUCCUUCUCCAUGUUAUUCUCACCAUCAAAUCCUAACAAUACUCAUUAUCAAUAUGGUAAUGAAGUUGAUGAUCAUCAACAUCAAUACUAUCAGUACCCAGCUCCAUCAUCAUCUUCAGUUGAUUGUACUCUUUCUCUAGGGACUCCUUCAACUCGACAGUCCAAGUCAAACAGCAACAACAGUAGGAACUCAAUCAGCAAAGGUCGGUCUAGUACCUCUUGUAUUUGGGAUAUUUUUCAAACUAAGAAAACUAUUCCUCCUCCUCAAACAACAACUAUUAAGGGCUCCCGAGGAGGAACAAGUACUAAUAGUGGAAACAACAAUAGCAUUCUCAGCAACAUCAGUGGAGAUUCUCUUCUGGCUCGGAGAUGCGCCAAUUGUGACACCACUUCUACCCCGCUUUGGAGAAAUGGACCCCGAGGCCCCAAGUCACUUUGUAAUGCUUGUGGAAUCCGAUACAAGAAGGAAGAAAGACGGGCAAGUAACAACAACGCUGCCGCCGCUCAAUCAUCUGUCAUGGAUCAACAAUACAUAACGAGCCAUCAAUAUUCAUGGCCAACACACCAACAGCAUACUAACCAGAAACUCUCUUCAGCUCAUCUCGGAAAUGAAUUCAUGUUUGUUCAAGAAGACGAUCAUCACCAAUAUCAAAGAGAAUCUGAUUCAGGGAUUCCAUUUCUAUCAUGGCGUCUUAAUGUUCCAGAAAGACCAGGUCUUGUUCAUGAUUACACAUGCUGAAUCAACUAUCACGAUCUGUCGGAUAUCGAUCAUGACCAUGACAAUUAUGAUAAUGAUGAUUACGUGGGUUCUAGCUGAUCAUAUACUUUUCUUUACCUGUUCUUUAAUUUACUUAAAUUCGUCGAUGGAACCAAAAAAAAAAAAAAAACUCCCGGCAUAAUUAUACGAUUUGUAGCUUUUCUUUUCUUUUAAAGAAUGUUUCUUCUUUAUUUUUUUCUUUCAAGAAUUUGUAGUUGUUCACCUCACUGGUCUCGAUAUAUAUGGCUACUUUCUUU